AUGAGCGACGACUUUGGGCUUAGCUCUGAUGACGAGGCAGAGUUACUUGCAGCAUCCGAGCACGUCGCGGAUGGCAAGCGCAGUCAUGGUACUUACGAGGCUACGGGACCCUCUAGCAAGCGCCAGAAAGUCGAAGGAAAUGCUCAAGCAACGUCACCAAGCACUAGACUAGCAAACGAUGUUUUGAAAGGCCGUUUUGGUCUGAGCGGCUUUCGACUUGAGCAGGAAGCUGCUAUCACUCGAAUUUUGGAUGGCGGUAGCACAGUCGUCGUGUUUCCGACCGGCUCAGGCAAGUCUCUCGUAUACCAGAUCCCCGCUGUUUGCUUCCGUUACCAAGAUGAAGAAGCUGGGCGCCGCAUAUCGCAAAGCAAAGGUGUCAGUCUCGUAAUUUCGCCUCUCAUCGCCCUCAUGAAGGAUCAGGUUGACGCCUUGCUCAAACGAGGGAUUAAAGCGGCCGUCCUGAACUCGUCCGUCAGCCGCGACUACUAUCUGGCGACUCAAGAUGACCUUCGACAUGGCCGCUUGGAUUUGCUGUACUGUGCACCUGAGCGACUGAACAGCGAAGGGUUUAUCGCUUCUUUGAAAGACAUACCGGGCGGCAUACGACUCCUUGCUGUUGACGAAGCGCAUUGUAUAUCAGAAUGGGGCCAUUCUUUCCGUCCAGACUACCUCAAGAUAGCUCGAUUCGCAAAGGAGGCCAACGUGGAGAGGGUGGUGUGUCUCACUGCAACCGCUACAGAGAAGGUUGCCAAAGAUAUCAGAGAUGCGUUCUCGAUCCCCAGUGAGGGCCUCUUCCAGACCACCAUGUAUCGACCAAAUUUACGACUACUGGCCGAAGCGAACCCCAAAGGCACCGACUACAAAGCGAAACUGGUUGCGCAUCUGCGCAAAUAUCCUGGCCCGACCAUUGUGUACGUCACCCUACAAAAGCACACCGAAUCUUUGGCGGAUGACUUGAACCAGCGAGGGUUCAAGGCUAAACCGUAUCACGGCGGUAUGACUCCUGAUGUGCGCUCCAAGACCCAAGACGAGUUUCUUGCAAGCAAAGACAUGAUUGUAGUUGCCACGAUUGCUUUUGGGAUGGGAAUCGACAAGCCAGAUAUCCGCAACAUUGUUCACUUCGACAUUCCAGAUUCAAUCGAAAGUUAUAGUCAGCAGAUUGGCAGAGCUGGCCGCGACGGGAAGCCUAGUGUUUGCCUGUUCUACCUCGCAACAAAAGAUUUCCAUCUCCGCAACAUCUUCACCUAUGGAGCAAGGCCCUCUUUGCGAUCGCUCCGGCUCUUGCUCGAAGACAUAUGUUCGCCUGCGAAUAAGAAAUUGAAGGUCGGAGAGACUUUUACAGUAUCUUUGUACACGCAGGCUAGGGAAGUCGACAUUAGCGCCAUCGUCCUCGGGAUCAUUUACGCUCAACUCGAACUACAUUACAAACUCUUUCGCGCUGCCGGAACCCUCUAUAGUACCUACAAGUACGCCACCAAAGACGCAAAUACCAUCAAGAACGACACCACUGCAGCAGCGAACGUCAUCAAGAAAGCUUCCGUCAAAGCAACAAAGUGGACGCAUGUCGCGGUAGACGACCUUGCCAAUACCUCUCGGAUGGAACGGGCAGACUUGGUCCGCAAGCUCAAUCAGUGGAAUGAGCAGGGUGCAAUCGAGUUGAAGACUGAAGGAGUUCGAAAUAUGUUCAGACUUGAGCGACGUCUGCCGUCCACAAAGAAAGAGAUCGAUGAAAUCAUCAACCAGCUCGAUGAAGGCAUGGGUGCGACAGAAAAGAUGAACUUGGACCGUACCAAAGCCCUCAUUGAUCUGAUCACAGAUAAGCAGUGCUUCUCGCGCGCGCUGGCAAGCUAUUUUGGCGAGACUGGCAGCCAUGCCCCAGUAAAUUGCGGUCAUUGUACAUGGUGCGAGACUCAUGCUCAAGUCGUGCUGCCCAACGAACCACCGCUGCCUCCGGAUCCAGCGAAAGUUCAGAAGGUUCUGGACAAGAUUAGUGUUCGGGACGACCCGCGCUUCCUUGCUAAGAUAGCAUUUGGCAUCAAGAGCCCGCGUGGAACAGAUCUGAAGGUUUACAACACUGGAGUAUUCGAGUCGAUGAAUGUUUGCGACUUUAUGGAAUUGCUGCAAGUGUUUACCAGGGCGUGCGAGGCGAGCAAAGGAAAGCGAUAA